AUGAGUCUCGACGAUGUACAGAAGGAUCUAACGGCUUUGAGGAAAAGACGAGGAGUUAUCAAGGGUUCUCUUACUAGAAUGAAGAAGUUUGUAAAUGAUUUUGAAACAAAUGAUCAACAGAUAUCACUUCUGAAGUUCCGUCAAGAUGAGCUCCCGCAAAUCAAUAAAAAGUACGACGACGUUCAAUCCCAAAUUGAGUUGCUAUCUGAGGAAACGGAAGUAGAAGAAAUCGAACGAGAAACCUUUGAAAACGACUAUUUUGACAUACGAUCCAAAAUACAGGAAAUAAUAAAUGUAGGAAGAACGAACAAUUCUACUUCAAAUAGUAGCUCCAGCAACAGUGUACCAUGGACACCAAAUAGAGCACGUCUCCCGCCAAUUACCAUUCCCGAGUUUGACGGAAAUUUACAAAAUUGGGAGUCGUAUUAUGACUGUUUCCGGUCAAUGAUACACGAGGACAGUAGUUACACCGCUAUUCAAAAAUUCUAUUAUCUGCGUGCAGGCCUUUCUGGUCAAGCUCUGGAUCUCGUCAAGUCAGUACCAAUGACAGAUGCAAACUAUGAAGUGGCCGUACAACUUCUAAAGCAAAGGUAUGACAAUAAAGGUUUGGUUAUUCAGUCACACAUUAGAUCACUGCUGGAAGCACCGUAUGUGGAAAAUCCGUCUUCAACUGAGUUACAAGCAUUACAUUCACACAUAGGUACGCACCUUGCAUCGUUAAAGGCUUUGAAGCAACCAACAGAGCAUUGGGAUGCGUGGUUGGUAACCAUUAUUGUCAGUCGUCUGGACAGCGUCACAAGUCAUUCCUGGCAACUGAGUCAACAACACACGUUAUUGCCUAAGUACGAAGAUCUUGAAAGAUUUCUGGCGACCAGAUGUAUUGCCAUUGAGAAUUCGGAAGUGUUGUCUACUUAUACUGGUAAAUUAAACGUGCUUCAACAAUCAAGUAAUGCAAGGAGGAAGACCAAUACAAUUAGUGGAGCAAAAAAGGUAUUAGCGGCGUCAAAAUCAUCCACCGAUGAGGAGUGUGUUUAUUGCACUGGCAUACACCGAUUGUACAUGUGCAAUAAAUUUAAGGACAUUCCGCCCAGUGACAGAGUAAGUUUCGUACGAGAAAAAAGAUUAUGUUACAAUUGCUUAUCACCAUAUCACAAGAUUGAUUCUUGCAAGUCCAGAUUUGUCUGUCAGAAAUGCCGGCGUAGGCAUAAUACUAUCAUACAUCUCGAGCAACAAGAGAAGCUCGAACGAAACAGCGAAGAAGUAUUGCAGCCCAACAGUAGCUCCAAAUCUCCAGAAGAGCUACCCAAGGUUUCAUGCGCUGCACAGUAUGAAAACGCACAUGUUUUCCUUGCCACAGCUAUAGUCUUUGUAACAGACAAUUUUGGGAACAAACGGAAAUGUCGAGUCGUUCUAGAUAGUGGAUCACAAAUAAAUUUCAUUUCUAAGAGAUUAGUCAAUCUGUUACAAUUACCUAGAAAAAGUGCCUCUUUAUUAAUAAGUGGAAUUGGAGCGAAGCAGAGUCACGCAGCAUCGUAUCUAGACAUAAAUGUUCAGUCAAGAACAAAUGACUAUCAAGUAGAACUAUCAUGCUAUGUACUAUCAAACAUGGUCACUGAUCUGGCAGCUUGUGUUGAGCCAAAAGGGGGCUGGAGGCUUCCAGCCGACGUAUUAACAACCCUGGCCGACCCGGAAUUCCACAAACGAAGAAGCGUUGAUCUGUUAAUAGGUGGAGGUACCUUCUUCGACAUACUGUGCGCUGAACGAAGAAUAAUUGACAAGGGCCCUUUGUGUCUCCAGAACAGUAAAUUUGGUUGGAUUGUGACGGGAGAAUUAGGUCUCACUUGUUUACUGGGGAUUAACUCAGUCGGCGAAGGGUUAGAGGAAGAAUGGCAAUCUGAGGAAAAUGAGGAAUCUUCCAAGUACGGACGCCUGUCGAAAGCUAACCAAAGAAGUAUAGAAGAAGAGGAGACAGCGGAAUACUUCAGACAGACAACAAGUCGUGACAUGAAUGGUCGUUUUAUUGUCCACUUACCGAAAAAAGCAAUAGUAAAGAACCUAGGAGGGUCACGGACUAUGGCGACUUCUCGGUUCCUAAGUGUAGAACGAAGAUUACAAGGUGAUGAAAAAUUAAAAACAGAAUAUACCGCAUUUAUGGACGAUUAUAUUAAGAUGGGUCACGCAAGGGAAGUAACCGGAGAAACGAGCAUACCUGAACCGUCGUUCUAUCUUCCACAUCACGCAGUAAUUAAGGCUUCUAGUCUGACCACAAAGGUUCGUGUUGUUUUUGAUGCUUCAGCAAAAAGUUCUUCGGGCUUAUCUUUAAAUGAUGUAUUGAAAUGUGGCCCCACAGUUCAAGAAGACGUUUUUGGAAUCCUAGCCAGGUUCAGGAAGUUUCAAUAUGUGAUAACGUCAGACGUGGAAAAAAUGUUUCGACAGGUACAGGUAGCAAAAGAAGAUUGGAAUUUACAGCGAAUAGUUUGGAGAUCAAAUCCAAAUGAGCUAUUGCGUACAUACCAAUUAACUAAAGUCACAUACGGGACAACUCCAGCAUCAUUCCUAGCCACGCAGUGUUUAGUCUCAUUAGCGGAAGAAGAGAGACAUACAUUUCCCCAGGCAGCUCGUGCCAUCCUCCAUGAUUUUUAUAUGGACGAUUUGAUGACGGGUGCAGAUACUAUAGAAGAAUGCUCCAAACUUCAAAGAGAAAUUAACCUCAUUAUGGACUCUGGAAAAUUACCAUUAAGAAAGUGGUGUUCAAAUUCGUUAUCCAUUAUGAAGCUAAUAGGAAAACGUGAACAUGACCCGUUAUUCUCAUUAGAAAUUGGAGAUCAAGAAACAGUAAAAUCACUAGGUCUUGAAUGGAAACCAUUAGUAGACCAAUUCUUCUUCACUAUAUCGACUGUGACAAGAAAGAAGAGACUAACCAAGAGAAUGCUACUUUCAGAUUUAAACAAGAUUUUUGAUCCGCUUGGCCUAUUAACACCAGUACUUGUAAAGGGCAAAAUAUUUCUCCAGCAGAUGUGGGCAACAAAGAUGGGCUGGGACACCCAACUAUCAGAUGAGAUGCAAAAUAAAUGGAUUGACUUUUAUCAUACACUUGAACAACUAAAGUGCUGUAUCAUACCAAGAAAGGUAAUUCCAGAGAUUAGCGAUCAAGUUGAGAUGCACGGGUUUUGUGAUGCGUCAGAACAAGCAUAUGGCGCCUGCGUGUAUAUCCGUUCAAAGGAUUCCAGCGGAAAAUGGCACUCAAGGCUACUGUGUGCUAAAACUCGUGUAGCACCAUUGAAAGGAGCCACAAUUCCAAGAUUAGAAUUGAACGGUGCACGGUUGCUAGCCGAGCUAGUGAACAAGGUAGCCGAAUCUUGGAUGGUCAGUGUGCGCAUUUUUCGCUUAUGGACUGACUCUAUGAUAGUGCUGAGUUGGUUAAACAGCCAAGGAGUGCGCUUAAAGACUUUCGUGCUGAAUCGAGUGUGUCAAAUCCUGGAAUUGACAGAUAGAUCACAAUGGCAUCAUGUACGUACAGAUAAAAACCCGGCAGACAUAAUAUCACGAGGAAUAACUUCAUCAGAGUUGUUAGUAGCCGAGGAAUGGUGGCAAGGACCUAAAUGGAUGUCAACUGAAGAAGAAAAAUGGUCUCACUCCACUGCCCAAUUAAUUGAAACUGAUCAAAUUCCAGAGCAGCGGCAAUUAAAAAUUGCAUUAGUUACGUGUGAUACUAUCAAUAACAUUUUUAAUGCGCAUUCCAAUUGGAAUACCCUAGUAAGGUCUGUUGCUUGGAUCUUACGUUUCAUUAAGUACAAGAAAGAUAAGAUCAUAGACAGCUCCAAAUUUCUUUCGGUCCUAGAAUUGAAGAACGCGUCGUUAUCAAUAAUAAAACGAGUGCAAGAAGAAGCAUUUCAUGAAGAGAUCAAUAGGAUUAACACUAAUAGAGAAUUACGUCGUGGAAGCAAAAUCCGCAACCUAUGCCCAUUUAUGAAGGCUGGACUGAUCAGAGUUGGUGGCCGUUUAGAGAAUUCCAAUUUAGAUGUAAAUCAAAAACACCCAAUAGUGAUCCCGGCCAAUAACAGAGUGACACGUUUGAUAUUUGAAGAUCGACAUCAAAUGCUCUGUCACUGUGGCCCACAAUCAUUACUAGCGGAAGUAAGAAGAACUUACUGGCCAUUAAGGGGAAGAAUAAUGGCAAGAUCGGUCACAACACGGUGUGUUCAAUGUAUCAAGGCCAAACCAACCUUUUUACAACCGCUAAUGGCACCGCUACCCGAGGAUCGUGUUCAAGGCCACCGCCCAUUUGCCGUGUGUGGAGUGGACUUUGCAGGACCAAUGAUAAUAAAGAGUGGACUUCGGCGCGUGACUGGUUCAAAGGCAUGGAUAGCGGUCUUCGUAUGCUUCUCAACUAGAGCAAUCCACUUGGAACCUGUAGAGGAUCUGUCAAGCAGUGCUUUCUUGGCCUGUUUACGCCGCUUCAUGGCGCGCAGAGGAAAGUGUAGCAAAAUAUACAGCGAUAAUGGCACCAAUUUUGUUGGUGCACAGAAAGAACUUGCUAGCUAUAUAACAGGUAUCGAUGAAAAAAUGGCGAAUGAGGGUAUUGAGUGGAAAUUUAAUCCACCAGCCGCUCCACACUUCGGAGGGCUGUGGGAAAGUGCUGUUAAGACUACAAAAUUUCAUUUAACACGUAUGAUGAAGGAAACACGUCUAACUUUGGGAGAACUAAAUACCCUAUUAUGCCAAGUAGAAGCAUGUAUAAAUUCAAGACCGAUAACACCGCUUAGUAGCAAUCCAUUGGAUUUGGAAGUGUUGACGCCAGCACAUUUCCUAAUCGGUGGACCAUUAUUUCUAGCACCGGAAGUAGAUCUGACUGAGAGAUCUUCAAAUGGAUUACGCCGGUGGAAAUAUGUACAGUAUCUCAUGCAGAGUUUUUGGAAACGGUGGGAAAAGGAAUACCUUCCCCAGUGUCAGGUUCGUGGGAAGUGGGUUACAAACAGCAGACCCUUGGAGAUCAAUGAUAUAGUAAUAAUAAAAGGAGAAAGCACACAUCCUACAAAAUGGAAGCUAGGGAGAAUAACCGAUUUACACCCGGGGAAGGACCAGAUCAUACGAGUCGCUACGGUACGAACAUCAAACGGUACAGAAAUGCGUAGACCUACUGUCAAACUAUGUCGCCUUCCUAUACAAGAAGAAGACAUGGCUGUUGAAAAAUAA